AUGACAUACCAACCAUCAGGCCUCGGCCUCUCCUACAACAGCAAUGACGCAGAGCUGGACGACCUCGACGACGACGACAUGAUUGAAGUCAAGCCCGAACGAGACAUCAAACCAGUCAUAUCCGACGGAACAGUACACACCGAACAUGCAAAACAUCCUGUCUGGCUGCUCAAGGUCCCUAAAUUCUUUGCUGAUGAGUUCCAGGUUGCGUUUGAUAAGGGCGGUGUCGAGUUGGGAAAGAUUAUUGAGCAUGAUGUCCCAAAAGGCCAAAAACGCAAGCUUACAUUCGCAGUAUCAGAUGCCGAAUGGACAAAACAGCUACCCAAGAAUUAUAACCUGAAUUUGACACAGACUGGGCCACGUGGACUAUAUUCUUUUACUGUUGAUCCAGCUUCCAAAGCCGCAACAGGAAUAACAGGCCAAGUAGUCAUGGAAGCGAUAGCCCAACCAGUACCCAAUGAAAAGUUCCGUGCCUUCAAAAAAGCCAGAAUGGCACUGGAGGCUGCGUCCGGGUCAGCAUCGUCAUCGAAAAAGAUCCAGAUGGUGUCGAAACAGGUCGCGAGAGAGGCUGAGGCUAUUGGAAAUAUGGGUGCUAUAUCGAGGGACAAGUUGGCGAAACAAGUUGCCGUAAGUGGUGAAUUGAUGGUUAUGUUUGGAUUAUUUUGUGGGUUAUUGAUGUAUGCUGGAGUUUUGGAAUGUGGCUCGAUGGAUUUUGAUACGGUGGAAAUCACCCAUUUGCUCUACCCAAACAUCAAGAAAACAAAACUCGACCGCGAUGAAAAGCUCCCAAAAGAAGACCUUCGUACAGAAUUAUUCGGUGCAUUUGGUGAACACGAGUACUGGAAUUUCGUCGGGUUGGAGAAAAAGACUCGACAACCUUCUGGCUGGUUGCGGGAAUGCUUGUCUGAGGUUGCCAAGAUGGUUAAAUACGGACCGUAUCAUGGUAUGUGGACAUUAAAGCCAGAGUAUCGAUUGUCGCAGGAUCAACAGGAUACGGGGAUAGAGUAG